UUUAACACCCUAAAACCCUUCUUCAAAAUUCAACGACAUCAUCACCACUUGCGCCGCCGCAAUGCAAGUCACUCUGCUAACACCACCUCCCUGCGCCGCCGGCGCUGGCGCCACCACCGCCACCACCUCGGUCUUCAUACCCAUGGUUCCUUCUCAAGGGCCCCACCUCGUCAAACGCCCCUUCUCUCUCAAAGCCACAUCUUCGUCGUCGUCGUCCUCCUCUUCUUCAACAGAUACAGUCCAGCAGCUACACUCACAACCUGUGGCGAUAGAUUCCCCACCGUCCAAUCAGCCACUACACAAGCUCAACAAGUACAGCUCUCAAGUCACGGAGCCGAAGUCUCAAGGUGGGUCGCAGGCGAUCCUCUACGGCGUGGGUCUAUCGGAUGACGACAUGCACAAGCCCCAGAUCGGCAUAUCCUCGGUGUGGUACGAGGGAAAUACUUGUAAUAUGCACCUGUUGAGGCUUGGGGAGGCCGUGAAGGAGGGGGUGAGGGAAGCUGGCAUGGUGGGGUUUAGGUUCAACACCAUUGGGGUCAGUGAUGCCAUUUCAAUGGGCACUAGAGGCAUGUGCUAUAGCUUGCAGUCUCGGGAUUUAAUUGCUGAUAGUAUUGAGACCGUCAUGUCUGCUCAGUGGUACGAUGGGAACAUCUCUAUCCCUGGCUGUGACAAAAAUAUGCCAGGUACAAUUAUGGCAAUGGGACGGCUCAACCGACCAAGUAUUAUGGUAUAUGGUGGAGCUAUUAAGCCAGGUCAUUUUCAAGGCCAUACUUUUGACAUAGUUUCUGCCUUCCAGGUUUAUGGAGAGUACGUAAGCGGUUCUAUAAGUGAUGACCAGAGAAUAAAUGUAGUCCGCAAUUCAUGCCCAGGAGCUGGGGCUUGUGGUGGAAUGUAUACAGCAAAUACCAUGGCUUCUGCAAUUGAAACCAUGGGGAUGUCUCUUCCUUACAGCUCUUCAACACCAGCUGAAGACCCAUUGAAGUUGGAUGAAUGCCGUUUGGCUGGGAAAUAUCUUCUGGAGUUAAUAAAAAUGGAUUUGAAACCGCGAGACAUUAUUACUCAGAAAUCACUGCACAAUGCAAUGGUUAUUGUCAUGGCCCUAGGUGGAUCCACUAAUGCUGUGCUACAUUUAAUUGCUAUUGCAAGGUCUGUUGGUUUGCAUUUAACUCUUGAUGAUUUUCAGAAGGUUAGCAAUGAGGUUCCUUUUCUUGCAGACCUAAAGCCUAGUGGCAAAUAUGUGAUGGAGGACUUACACAAGAUUGGGGGAACACCUGCAGUCAUUAAGUACCUAUUGGAGCUAGGGCUUUUAGAUGGAGAUUGUGUGACAGUCACUGGGAAGACACUUGCCGAAAAUGCAAAACUUUUCCCUUCCUUGGCUGAGGGUCAGCAAAUUAUAAGACCAUGGACAAAUCCCAUCAAGAAAACCGGCCACAUACAGAUAUUAUAUGGAAACCUAGCACCUCAUGGUUCUGUAGCAAAAAUUACAGGAAAAGAAGGGCUAUAUUUCUCUGGUCCUGCUCUUGUGUUUGAGGGAGAGGAAUCCAUGAUUGCAGCCAUCUCUGAAAAUCCUAUGAGUUUUAAGGGAAAAGUGGUUGUAAUUAGAGGAGAAGGUCCCAAAGGGGGACCAGGCAUGCCUGAGAUGUUGACACCGACAAGUGCAAUAAUGGGGGCAGGUCUUGGAAAGGAUGUUGCCUUGUUGACUGAUGGAAGAUUUUCAGGAGGGUCACAUGGAUAUGUUGUUGGCCAUAUAUGCCCUGAGGCACAGGAAGGUGGCCCUAUUGGUCUUAUUCAAAAUGGAGACAUUAUCACCAUUGAUGUUCAAAAGAGGAGAAUCAAUGUUCAGUUAACAGAUGCGGAGAUGGAUGAGCGAAGACAGAAAUGGACUCCCCUACCAUACAAGGCUAGUCGAGGAGUUCUAUACAAGUACAUUAAGAAUGUGCAAUCUGCUUCAAAUGGCUGUGUGACUGAUGAGUAGCAGAGAGGAGUCCCCCGACCAAUUACUCCAAAUGAGGAGUUCCAUAUAAGGUACGUGAUUAUCUGUAUUUCUAUUGCUUAAAGUAGUCUAUGCCAGUGAGAUCUUUGUUGAAACGAUCUCUUAAUCCGUUUGCAGUACCCUAAGAGGCUGUAUGACAAUAGUAGAGAGGAGGCAAAUGCUUGAAUGGUGGAGUGCAAUAACGGGGCCAAAUGUGUAUCAUGUCACUUUGUUACGUGACUUCUUAAUUGAAAAUUUUAAUUUGGGUCCUUUUGGGAUGGUGUGCAAUAAAAAUGAGAAUCUCUAUCCAGUUUUUGUAGUACUCAUGGUUUUAAGACUGGCUUAUUAGAUGAAAAUUUAUUGGUUCCUGCCC